GAGUGAGAGAAGGAGCAUUAAUGAUAGUCAUCAAGUAUGAGUUGGUCCAACAUUUGACUCUCCCAAUGUAUAAAUAGGAUGGAAGAGUAAGGUGCACUCACACCCACAAAAAAAGAAAAGCAAAUUAAACCAUCAUUCAUCAGCAAUGGACUACAAGUUACUCAUCUUGUCCAUGGCUUGCUUCUGCAUGCUUUCUUCCUCCAACGGGAGGAGGGCACAUCUCCAAAACGGUCUUCCCGUUCGAGCUGUUAAUCUUGGUGGCUGGCUUGUUACAGAAGGCUGGAUGAAACCCUCCCUUUUCGACGCCAUCCCAAACAAAGAUCUAUUGGAUGGAAGUGGCAUGCAGUUGAAAUCUGUGACUCUGGGAAAGUAUUUGUGCGCCGAAACAGGGGGAGGAACAAUUAUAGUUGCAAACAGAAGCAGUGCUUCUGGAUGGGAAACCUUCAGCUUAUGGAGGAUGAACGAGACGACUUUCAACUUGAGAGUUUUCAACAGACAAUUUGUGGGAUUAGACACGGCUGGAAAUGGGGUUGAUGUUGUGGCUGUUGCAGAUACACCAACUGUAGCUCAAACAUUUCACGUUGAGAGAAAUCCUGAUCAUUUGGAGCGCGUACGAAUCAAAGCCCCCAACGGCUUCUACCUUCAGGUGAAGAGUGAGGUAUUAUUAAGUGCAGAUUAUGCAGGAAAUGGUGGAUGGGGAGAUGAUAAUCCAUCAGUUUUCUUAUUGUCAAUAAGUGGAGGAUUGCAAGGUGAAUAUCAGAUCACUAAUGGCUAUGGUCCUCUCCUCGCCCCACGAGUUAUGAAGGAACACUGGAGCACAUAUAUAGUAGAAGAUGAUUUCAAAUUCAUAAAAAACAACGGAUUGAACGGUGUGAGAAUCCCAGUAGGUUGGUGGAUUGCAAGCGACCCCAAUCCCCCAAAACCUUACGUGGCCGGAUCAUUGCAAGCUCUAGACAAUGCCUUCUCCUGGGCUGAAAAAUACGGACUUAAUGUGAUCAUUGAUCUUCACGCUGCACCGGGCUCCCAGAACGGAUGGGAGCACAGUUCCUCCAGAGACGGCUCCCAGCAAUGGGGAAACACAGAUGAAAACAUCCAACAGACUAUCCGUGUCAUUGAAUUUCUAACUGCAAGGUAUGCAAAUAGCCGGAGCCUAUUCGCAGUGGAGCUGAUCAACGAGCCGCUUGCGCCGGGAGUGUCUCUGGACAGUCUGAGCAAGUAUUACAGAGGUGGUGUGGAAGCUGUGCGGCGGCAUUCGGCGGCGGCCUACGUCGUACUCUCCAACAGAUUAGGACCUCACGAUCCAAGAGAACUCUUGGGUCUCGCAAACGGAUUUAGCAAAGUGGCCAUCGACGUGCAUCACUACAAUCUCUUCUCCUCUAUAUUCGACAACCUAAGUGUUCAACAGAACAUCGAUUAUGUGGACAAUAAUCGGACGGAGCAGCUCAGCCAGAUCACCACCCCUAACGGCCCCCUUGUUUUUGUUGGGGAAUGGACGGCGGAGUGGCAAGUUAGGGAUGCGAGCAAGGAGGAUUACCAGAGAUAUGCGGCGGCGCAGCUGCGGGUGUUCGGACAGGCCACCUUUGGGUGGGCAUAUUGGGCUCUCAAGAAUGUGAAUAACCAUUGGAGUUUGGAGUGGAUGAUUAAGAAUGGGUAUAUUAAGCUUUGAUUUGGAAAAAUAUGGAGUAACUAAUUAAUGAGAUUCUGGGGUGGAUUCACUCCUUAUCUAUGGAUACUGGACAUAUGUUCUCAUUUGAUUCAUGGAGUCUGUGAAUUCGUCACUAAUUGUAAUAUUAUUAUAUAACAUACAUCGUCACAAAUCGUUUA